AUGAUUGACAUUACUUCAGACCUUUUAAAUUGUAACUGUUUUUGUAAAAGCCAUGAUCACAGGCGUAUUCUGAACGGUUUUUACUCGGACAUUGUGUCUGCUUUGAGAGAUGCGGCGUUGGUGAGUCGUGGGAGUAAGAGACGGUUCGGUGGUGGCUCGCGCGUGGUGGGAUGGAACAAGCACGUCAGCGACGCUCACCGGGUGGCCAGGACUAGUUUCACGAAAUGGGUGCUCUAUGGUAAACCUAAAUCUGGUCUUAUUUAUCACGAGAUGGUUGAAAGUAGAAGAAAGUUUAAAUCACAAUUAAAAUGGUGCCAAGAUCACCAGGAGCAAUUAAGAAUGGAUAUUCUUGUUAAGAAACACUGUAAUGGUGAUUUUCGUGGAUUCUGGCGCGAGACAAGUAAAACGAAUUUACGGCCUGGCCUACCGGUGAGCGUUGAUGGCUCAAGCGCGCCCAAGGACAUAGCUAACAUCUUUAGGGCAAAUUUUUGUGUUAAGUCACAUGUGGGUCCUAUGAUGGAGGUGCACAAUGCUGACAUGAACGAGAAAGGUGAUAGGAUCUCAUUCCUUCCCGAAGAUAUAUAUAAAGUUAUACGACAAAUGGACAGAGGUAAGUCUCCAGGCCACGAUGGACUCAGCAUUGAGCAUCUCCAGCACGCUGGACCUCUUAUUUUUAAGCUAUUGGCUCUGUUUUAUUCACUCUGCGUGGGUCAUUCCUACCUGCCGGAUGAUCUCAUGAAAAGGGUAGUAGUUCGUGUCGUGAAAAAUAAAACUGGUAACCUUGCUGACAAACAUAACUACAGGCCUAUAUCGCUUGCCACUAUCAUGGCCAAGGUGUUUGACGGAUUGCUUAACGCGCAGUUGAGAAAACACAUAAAGCUGCACGAUAAUCAAUUCGGUUUUCGCCCUCACCUGUCUACAGAGAGUGCUAUACUGUGCCUUAAGCACACCGUCAAAUACUACACAAGUCGCAAGACACCUGUGUACGCGUGCUUCCUCGAUUUGUCUAAAGCUUUUGACCUGGUGGUAUAUGAUUUACUUUGGAAGAAACUCGAGCGAGUUGGGUUACCGCAGGGAAUUAUAAAUAUAUUUCGAUAUUGGUACGCGAACCAGACCAAUAGCGUUCGAUAG